CCUUCUCACGCGGCCGGACUCACGCCGCCUUCUCGGGACUUUCCCGUGCACUAAAAAACUUACUUCAACAGAAAGUGCUUCAGAUAUUACUCCAACUUGCUGUGCUCUAAGUGUUCAAGAUGCCGUCGCAAGAGAAGCAAGCGAAAAUAAUUCUGCGAGAAGUGACACCCGAAGUUUCGCAGCACAUGUUGUCUGACGUAUCAACGCUGCCCACGGUGCAGCUGGGCGACUUCACCCUGCAGUUCGAGCUGGACGAGCCGCGCGACUCCGUCAAGGAGAUAGCCAGGCGGGAGCUCCGGGAAACCCCAGAUGUGGUGCAGCCCGCUAUUAAGGAGCUGCGCAGGUUGCUAGUCGCUGAUGAAGAGUUGUAUGUGCCGCACGAGAGUGACGCGUGGCUCACCAGAUUUUUGCGCCCCUGCAAAUUUUACCCCGAGAGUGCGUAUGAUUUGAUUAAGAGGUACUUCGCGUUCAAAGUGAAGCAUCACAAGCACUUCGACGACCUCAUCCCCAGCAAGGAGCAGAACGUGUUCAACCAGAACGUGCUGCACGUGCUGCCCACCCGCGACCAGCUCGGCCGGAGGGUGCUCGUUAUUGAACUUGGCAAGAAGUGGAAUCACAACAAAUGCACAUUGGACGAGGUGUUCAAGGGGUGUGUGUUGUUCCUGGAGGCGGCCAUGCUGGAACCGGAGACUCAGAUCUGCGGCGCCGUCGUCGUCCUCGACAUGGACGGCCUCUCCCUGCAGCAGGCCUGGCAGUUCACACCGCAGUUCGCCAAGAGAAUCGUCGAUUGGCUCCAGGAGAGCAUACCUCUGCGUAUAAAGGGGCUGUACAUCAUCAACCAGCCGUACAUCUUCAACAUGGUGUUCCAACUAUUCAAACCGAUCCUGAAGGAGAAGCUGCGGUCGAGGAUCCAGUUUAUCGGCAACGACCGGGAGCUGCUGUACAAGUACCUGAGCCCCAAGUGCCUGCCGGAGUGCUACGGGGGCACGCUCUCCAUCCCCACCGUCACCGGCAACCAGUGGCUGGAGCUGCUCCUCAUUUGUGAUACUGAAUUUAAAGCUAUCAACUCAUAUGGAUAUAAGAAAAAGCUGUAACUAACGUUUAAGAGUAAGAAAAUGUGAUAUGAUAGUUUUAAUAUUUACAAAUGUUAAAAAAAUAACUGCGUAACUAAAAUAAUUUUAAAGUUUAUUAAAUAUUUAGAAUUUAUUUUUAGAGGUACUUAACGGAUUUCUUGUCGGAGCUUUUAGUGCUUAAUUUUUUUCUCUCAUUUAUUAUUUGCAUUCCUAUAGAUUUAUUUAU